CCGGAAGAGGUGCAGAUCUCACAUGACAACCUACUACUAGUAAGUUAACCAAACAUCGUAGGUGUGCUCUCAGCGAAUUUCCGAUGAGAGUCGUGUCCGCCAGAGCUGAGCAAUAUCACAGGAAUUUGGGAGGAAACAGUUCAAUCUUUGCUUGUAGUGAAUUGCAUGGAGGAGAUGACGCUUGCGACCUAAUGGUGUUAAUAUUUCCAUAUAUACCAAGGGAAGUUGAAUCCUCUCAAAGACAAACGAGCAAGCACCACCUUUUCUACCAGACCGUGCUUGCAAUGGAAAUUCCAGGGGCAUCAUCUAGGCGCUCGGUGGCCAUGUCAUCAGCCUCGCUGCUAAAGCUAUUCAGGGGCGUAGCAAAGUCGCCAAAAGGGUGCCGCUACAACCCAGAGAGUACCGGCAUCGGGAUUGUCUCGGCUAUUAUGGAACCAACCGCUGCACGCCUACGCAUUGUCGGGCCUCAUAUCCACGCCAACGCGCGUGAGAUCCUAGAGGUUACACUACCAAACCUCUGUUGGAGCAGUAGGCGGCCAUUCCGAGCAUCCAUACUGUCGUGCGGUCUGUGCCGCAGCUGGAUUGGUAGUGGCAUCGUCUACAUGUACAAAUGUGAGACUGGAUUUUGUACCGAAGAAUGUCUCGGCGAUUAUAUCAUGGAGCAAUUGGAAAAACAGACACAAAGGGUGAGGUGGUGUGGAAGAAAAAAGGUGCCACCAAUGGAGGACAAGGAAUGCGAUCAAAGCUGCAUUUUCUUCACCUGCGCUGGCAGCCUGUGAUACACAUACAUGUAUGUUUCAGAGACAUAUGGGCUUACAAGGACUAGAAUAUAUUUCUCACAACUGUAUAACUUGGCGCUUUUGUAAGUAAAAGAAUCUGAUGGUUAGCAAAUAGCAAUACACUUUUGACGUGGUACGAGCGCAUCUCUUCAUUCACAUGUAACGGGGCAUGCAUACCCUCGAGAUAGUGUUACACCACACGUUGGAUGCUAGCUAUACAACACUCUCACGUAUAGAUUGUCACAACUAGCUUGACAUGAAAGCUACUCUGUCUUG